AGAAAAAUAAAUAACAUUAAUCUGUUGUUGAUAUAUUAGAAGUUCGGAAUCAAUGGUCAAUGAAGAACAAAAAAUAAUAAUAGUACAAUCGAAUGUAACAUUUAAAUCAAAAUAACAUCGCUGAAUCAUCAUUAUGAUGUUGAAUUAGCAAAUAUAAUUCUGAACAUUUUGUUUUUUUAAUCUGACGCAAUACCCUUUUCUGAAUACAAUGUGCAAUUAAUCAAUCAACUAUCUAAUUAGAAAUUUGAAUGAAAAUAUUUUUUAACCGAUUUUUUGUUUGUUCAUGGGAAAAUUGCCGGAAUAAAAUGGUUAUCAAUGGCAGCAAUGUGUGUCAAAUAUAAUUUAUUUGUGUUGCCGAAUCAAUAACGCAGCGUACUCUUAAAAUGGGUUCAAUACCAGAAGUAUCAAUUAUAAAAGGGUUAAAUCGUGAUUACAGUACACAAAGUCGAUUGCAUCGUAUUUUUGAGACAAACUUGAAUUCAUCGGACUGUGGAAAUAAACCGGCUGUCAUUUUUUGCGAUCCGACCAAUGGCGAUCAAAAUCUCACCCACAACCAACUUAAUCAGAGUGCAAAUCAACUUGCAUCGGUGUUAAUUCAUCGAAUUAAUACAUGUGAAGUGGAACCGAAUCAAGAUGGUGAUUGGAUUAUUGCUGUGUGUAUGCCUCCGAGCGACAAAUUGAUUGUCACUUUGUUGGCCAUUUUAAAAACGGGCGCCGCAUAUUUACCGAUCGAUGUAACAUUUCCAAAAAGUCGUAUCGAUCAUAUUCUACAGGAGUCGAAACCGGCUUUCGUCAUUUAUGAUGGCAAUAUAAUUGACCGUAGUCACUUUGAUAGCUCCAUUGCAUCUUCAUAUGAUGAAUGCAAAGCGUUAUCCAUAAACUAUGAUGAUGCAAAUAUAUCCGAUGCUCGAAGACUACAAUCAUCGGAUGGUGGCCAUUUGGCGUUGGUACUUUAUACAUCGGGCAGUACUGGAGUACCAAAAGGUGUUCGAUUGCCGCAUGCAGUACUAAUGAAUCGAUUGCAAUGGCAAUGGGAAACAUUUCCAUUUUCAUCAACCGAAUCGGUUGGCGUAUUCAAAACGGCGUUAACUUUUGUUGAUUCAAUUUCGGAAAUUUGGGCACCAUUAUUAACCCAACGUGCCGUUUUGGUCAUACCAAAGUGUAUCACAAAAGAUCCAACUCUAUUGGUGUCAAUGUUACAAAAAUACGAAAUUGAACGUUUGGUUCUCGUUCCAACAUUGUUGAAGUCGUUGUUAAUCUAUUUGUCGUUGAAACGUGAUGCCAACUUGUUGAAUAAAUUAAAAUUGUGGAUUUGUUCCGGUGAAACUCUGCCAACGUCAUUGGCAAUGGAAUUCUAUGAUUAUUUUCCGGAGAAUGAGUAUUUGUUGUGUAAUUUUUUUGGAUCAACUGAAAUAAUGGGCGAUGUGACGUAUUUUACGUGCAGAGGAAAAGACCAAUUACGGAAUUAUACGAAUGUUCCAAUCGGCUAUCCAAUUUUCAAUACAAUCAUUUAUAUUCUUAUUGACGACAAAAAACCGGUCAAAAUUGGUGAGACGGGCGAAUUAUUUGUAUCUGGUGCGAAUUUGGCUCAUGGUUAUGUGAAUGGACGUGAUAAAGAUCGAUUUAUUGAAAACAUUUUGGCAGUUGAUCCAAAAUAUAGUCGCAUGUAUCGAACCGGUGAUUAUGCAUCGGUGCAAAAGGGCGGUGUCAUUCAUUACGAGGGCCGUACUGAUUCACAAAUCAAAAUAAGAGGACAUCGCGUUGAUUUGAGUGAAAUUGAAAAGCAUAUCAAUGAAAUUGAUGGCGUUAAGAAAGGCAUCAUUUUAUGCUAUCAUGCUGGUCAAAUGGAUCAAGCCGUUUUGGCAUUUGUUUCGGUCGAUCACACUUCACUGUUGCAUGAAUUACAAAUUGAACAAAUUCUACGCAAUAAAAUGCCGGAUUAUAUGACACCACAAGUCAUUCUCAUCGAUCAUGUACCAUUAUUGGUCAACGGGAAGGUCGAUCGUCAAACUUUAUUGAAACUAUACGAAAAUACCAAUAAUAAUAACGAUCCGGCACCGGCAAUCGAUUAUGAUUACUCCGGCGUAUCGGCAAAUGAGAUGCAAAAAACACGCAUUUUCUUUGAAACAAUUGGCCAGGUAAUUGGAAGAUCGACCCGUACAACCAUUUCGCUGCAAAGUAACUUUUAUGAAUUGGGCGGAAAUUCACUGAAUUCGAUUUAUACGGUGGCAAAACUUCGUGAUUGUGGCUAUUCCAUUGAUAUCACCAAUUUUAUAUCGGCCAAAAAUUUAAGAGAAGCCUUGGAAUAUAUAACCGAAAUUGAUACAAAUCUUGAUCGAAAUCUUGUACCGGUUAAAGCUGAUUUUGUCGCAUAUUCACUAUCCGAAGUGUACAGAGAGGAAACCAUUCGUAUAAUUGCACAUAGCUUCUUGGAGAAAGCUGAAUUAGAGCAGCAAAUCAAACCGCAUAUCACCGAAGAAGCUUAUGUGGUGUUGAUAAAUGAUUCGUGGCAACCAUUGAUCGAAACUGCUUUCAGUUUUGUGAUUGCUGAUAAAAAGAAUCGUAUUGUUGGUGUAUCGUUGAGUUUCGAUGCAAAUAAUGAGCCCGAAUGUAAUUUAGAUGGACCACAUGGUGUGAUUUUUGAAUUUUUGGAAACACUCGAAGCACCAGUAAAGGAUCGGCUGCCACACGAUAAACCGAUAAUGCAUUCGUUUAUGAUGGGAACGCAUGAAACGUUGAAUGCACAAGAAAACAUAGUUGCAAUGACCUUUAUGGAAUCCGAAGUAAUUCGUUUGGCAAGAGAAAAGGGAUGUUGUGGCAUUCUAACGACCAACACAAAUGCAUUGACACAACAAUUGGCUCGUGAUGUUUUCGGUUAUGAAACAUUGUCCGAUACUCAAAUAAAUACGUUCGUCUUUAAUGGCAGAAAACCAUUUGGAAAUGCACCAGACGAUUAUCGGGCCAUGGUUCAAUGGAAAAAAUUAUAAUUUUUACCGAAUGUGAUAUUUUUAAUUCGUUGUUUUAGCCUUAAUUCAUUAUUAUCAUUGAGAAUUAUUAUGCACAAAUAAAAAUUACAUUUCUUCUCUUGAUGAAAUUCAAA